CAGAGAACGAGGUGGCAUAGUUGGAGGUGAAGGACUGAGUGAGGCUGACGCUUCAUACGCUGCGGCUAUGUGGGGACGUCUGCUGAAGGUGUGUGUGGCGAUGACGGUGGCGGCAGUGGGGACGACAGCUGCGAUAGAAGAGGUGGAGUCAACAGUUACCAUCAGGUCUACAGCAGAUCUUUUUGUCUGAUGUGCAAUACUUGUUGUGCUGCACGUAAAGACCUAUGGGCCGUGUUUGGCGUGCACCGCUGCCCUCCUCGCCACCGCGGCACUUCAGCGUCCACGGUCCAGCGGGUUCGUGCAAAACAUCUUUCUUGUGGUUCUCACUUGUUAUGGAAGAUGAUUUUUUCCCCGAUUCCCGUCACGCAGCCGAGAGAUCUUGUGACGCUGUGUGCUUUGGCGGCCGCAGGCAGCAUUAAGGUGGAAUGCGAGUGUCCCAGUGAUCAGCGGGUGGCGGUGCUGGAGAAAAUGGUAUCGCGGCUGGUGGGUGUGGUGGAGGGCGACAGCGGGGGACAUUUGGGCAGGAGGGUGGAGGCACUGGAACAGGAGGCAGGCAUGCUCACUCUCCUCAACUCGCGCCUUAAGUCCCUGGAAGCUGAGCAGCGCCUCCUGAACGAGGAGCAGGCUAAUGCGCGGCGGAACGCGAGGCGGUGGCGGCGAGAAGUGGAGGCUCUGAGGCGGGAGGUGCUGCAACCCGAGGCCUUGGCGGAGAGGAAAGUGGACCCAGCCUGCUGCCUCUCACUUAACGAGACCAUGCUUGAGGCUGUGGAAAGAGAACACGAGGUCAACGCCUCUCUGUCUGACCUGCGCCGCCGCUUGCACAACCUCACACAUGACCUGCACGACCUUCAGCAGCAGACUCGCCACCAUCCCCUGCUGCUGUGCCCGAAGCCUUACACCAAAGUGGGCGGGCAGUGCUUUCACCUGCUGACGGAGCGGAGGAAUUGGGCUCAAUCCAGGAUGGCGUGCAGGGAACAGGGCGUGGCAGUGGGCGGUCAUGGGGAUCUGGCCACACCCGCUAACUUCACAACUUUCAGAGUGUAUAUCGGAGCACUGCAAACAGACUCGCCGUACUUAUGGGUGGGAGCCAUGCGUGAGGCGGGCAAGUGGAGGUGGGUGUCUAAUGCGGCACAGAGGGAGGAUCUGCUGAAUCUUCCUUGGGACUACGGAGAGCCUGAUAACACCUCAGACCAGCAUCACCUCUGCGUCCACUCCCUCGGCAGCAUCAAGUUCCACGACUGCACGCACACCGCCAUGCUGUCCGCUGUGUGCCAAGUGACGUGAACCAUACUACGAAACACACACACACACACACACACACACACACACACACACACACACACGCACACACACACAAACACACGCUGACACUUAAAACAAGUAAAUGGUAAGUGGCUUCUCUCAACAGUACUGUGGUCGAAAAGCGACAUGAUUAUGGUGUACAAAUCUGUAGCCAAAAUAUUAAUAAAGAUAAGUACAUACA